UGGGCGUGGUGUGUAAAAUUUGCAGAGCAAUAGAAGAGAUGAGUGAUAGAAGGAGAAGGCUCUCUAAAGGAGCCCUGGGUGACCCUAACAUGAUAUGGCAAACUUACAAGGCCUGCAAGCAGAGGGGAGAAGACUCGCUUGCAUUGGACACGUUAUGUAAGUACAUCGACCUCUGGCUGGACGGAUCUGUAUCAUCUCAAUCUCAGUCAAGAUUCCGAUUAGAACCACACCUACUUCCAUCACUGGCAUUUGAAGAGACUGGUAUGGAGUGGCUACUACAGCAGCGUCCCCAAGGUGUCCUCCCAGCAUUGAUUGAGUUAGCGUUACAUUUCCACCGAGUUCUAUUGGAUCAAGGGAGCCAGAGGGUUUUCAAAGGAGGAGAGUCUCCCUCACACUAUUCCGGAGGACCUAGUGCUAAUAGUCUCAGGCAGCUCCCGUGUCUAAUGAUAGUUUUGUACAAGAUAGUUUGUUGUCAUGAGAAUAUAUCGAUAGUUUCAAAUUCUCGCUUGUUUGAUGUCGUGUCUGAUAUCUGCAAUACAUCUCUAACAGCUAUUCUUAGUAGAACAGUUCAAACUGAUGAAAAUGUCAAGAUACUCCUGGAGACCAUGAGUAAUGGUAUGGUUGUUCUUCAUGUCCUACUGGAUCCAAGGCACCAGUGGGUAUCAGCCCUCUCCAUUAACAAGCCGUUAGCUGAUUCAUCUUUAGUGAAACCAGUUCAUGUCACACAAGAUAUACUCAAGACAAUUAUUGGCUGUUGCACUACAUUAUCAGAGAUAUUGUGUGGGAAGUUUGAUACUGAAUACCAGUCACUAGUAAUGGAAUGUAUUCAUCUCCUGGGGGCUAUUCUAUCGGGAUCCAAUGAUAAUGCCCAGUUAGCUGUAAUGUCGAUUUCUGAUACGUUCCUUUACACUUUACUUGAGCCAAGGGAAAGUUGUUCUCCAUUACAAGUGCUAACAGUUCGUGUUACCAUCAAAAUGAUUCACAUCAUUCACUGCUAUGUGCCUGAAGAGUUACUUGCUAACAUUGAUAUCAGAGUUCUUGUCUCAAUAUUACUAAAUAUUCUUUCACCACGGUGGAAGAAUGAUAAAUUAGUUCCGCCACAUUCAGAACUUGUGAUUAGUAUUUUACAUUGUUUUUCUGUUUUGUGCAAGCCUCCAUUUAACGAGUUGGAAUUGAAGGAGAUUCUGGUAGACAUAGCUGUCAUGGAGAAGGUUGGAGAGGUUUUAAACACGCUAAGAGAAUCAGCAAACAAUGACCCCCUGUUAGGGGCCAGGCUCUGUUGCAGCGUGUUACAAGGAUUUGGUAACCUUCUUUGUCAGAGCCCAACGGCCCAGGAUGCUUUUGAGCAGAGGGUGGGGUAUGACAGACUGAGGAAGCUACUGGCAGCAAUGACAUCACCAACUGAAGAAAUACUCAGAGAAAUACUGACCAUUGCUGUUGAGACUAAGUUCACUACACCACAACAAGACAGUCUCACCAUUCACAAUACAUCAAUGAUAGCCAUGUUACUAAAGUGGAUACCAACCCUUCCCUCCUCUCUACGGAGCUGGUUGGUUGCUAAUCUGUUUGAACUGUGUACCCUAGCAAUACACAACAGACAGUUGUGUUGCUCUGUUGGAAUAUUGAGGGUUGUGGUUGAUGUACUGUCUGUCUCUCAGUCACUCAAGGAGUAUAUUGGACCUGAUGUUGAAGAUCAGUUAAUACAGCUGGUUGAGGUACUAGGGUCACACAGUAUUGUCACUGCUGAACUGAAGCAGAUCAUUGGGGCACUGAGAAUGACUGAAGACAAGCACCUCCCGUCUUAUUACUACAGACUCCAGCAGUCGUUAUGCAGCAUGGCUCAGACUAAAGAAGGAGUCACUCCAUUGUAUUACUUUGAUCUACGCCAGCCAUCAUCACACAUUGCUAUACCUGACCUCCAGUCCUGGCCCAACCCAAGUGGCUUUACUUUCCAUGCCUGGGUCUGUCUCAACGCCCCCUCUUCUCUCGGCAGACCUGCCAGUAUUGAAAUUGGAGAGAAGAUGUAUCGUUGCAGGAGGAUACUCUACAGUUUCUACACUCAGUCUGGCACUGGCUAUGAAGCCUUCUUUACUGAGAACAUGAAUUUUGUAGUUGCCACGACAACCAAAAGAGAGUUCCACGCCUAUAUUGUCUACAAAGCAAUGUUCAGAUCUUCAGAAUGGCAUAGUGUCUGUAUAGUCCAUCAAAAUGCUAAGUUAUUCAACAAAGAGGUUCAGGUAUACAUUGAUGGCUCAAUCGUUGAUUCUGUCGUAUUGAAAGCACCUGGACUGAACGAGAAAUAUCGAUACUGCUUCAUUGGAUCCUGUGGCUCUGGCGUGACACAGAAAAGACCAACCACUUCUUCAAUGUCCCUCCCUGCCAGUGACAUCCUUCAAGGCUCUUACAGUGAAUUGGAUCAAGAAUCAGACACUGAACCCGAGGCCAGUCUCAAUGCUGGUAUAAUGUCACUCAAUGGCGUGAGUACAAUACCUGCCAACGAGUUGGAGGAGAAGUGGGGACAGGCAACUCAUUUAGGAGGACUCUUGAGUUCAAUUUGUAUAUUCUCUGAGCCCAUUUCUUCAGUGAAUGUCAAUACUUUAUUCCAUUAUGGUACUAAUCUGUUGUCUUUGUUUCAACCGAAUUGUGAUAAGACGAGUGAACUGGCCAGUAAAGUAUUAGUCUACUAUCAUCCAAAAGCUUGUCGGGAUGACCUUUGUGUUAAUCUUUCUCCUCAAUACAUUUCUGAAAAGAAGCACACUGGACUAUUCUACGGUGAUCCUUAUGUAACCUGGGAUGUUAAAGACGUGCUGAGUUCACUGGGAGGGGUGGAGCUGCUGUUCCCUUUACUGGAACAAGUAGAUUCUCCUCUUAAAGUUCAUGAACCAGUCAAAGGAAAGACUAAAACGGCCAGUGAUAUAGACCAGCUGCUCCCUGGGGGUAGCUUAACCUCUGUCUUUAAUGAUAAAGAAGGUGUUGCUGCUUUCCUGUUCCUCCUCACGGCCAUGUUGGACGGUAACUCGACUAACCAGGAGGUAUUCUUCUUGAGGCAGGGACCAGCUACUGUAGGAGCAUUACUGAGAAAAGUAUCUCCUUGUUUGCUGACUCAGCAGUUCCUAGCUUCCAUCCAGCGAUUGUCCGACAUACUCUCAGGCUCUUAUCAGUUCACUGACAUUGAGCAACACCUUCUCUUUAACUUCUCAAUAUGGAGCCGCCCUGACAUAGAGGUUAGAAAAGAGCACCUUCAGUACAUAUCAACGUUAAUUCAAGCCAAGUCUCAGCAUUACAGAAACUCUUUUGGUGUUCAAUUCAUACUUGACGUCAUUAGGUGUUUCUAUAGCAACACGGCCACACCGACUCCCUCAUGCACUGCCCCCUCAAAUAACGAUGUAGUGGCCCUGAGUCAAUCGGACGUGCUAAUGGUCCGUGGGGCGUUACUGGGUAUCAUUAAACUCUACCUCAUGAAUGACACAAGGAAAGACGAAGUGACUUCAAUUAUAAGAUUCAUUACUGCCUGUCAAGAUCCUGUUAUUUUGGAGGAGCUGUUAGGGUUGACUUGGAACAUGUUAAACUCUCGUCCCAGCUCAGAGAACCUUGCCCAGCACCUCUGGAGUGAUGGUCUGUUUCUGAUGGUGCUGGUUCAAGCUGAGAGUGAAGCUGUCCGACUCUUAGCAAUCAAAAUCAUAUCAAGUUUAUUGAAGUUAUAUGGUCACACUAGAACUGGUCCUAUAUAUCAAAGGAUCGAUUCUGGAGCAUUGGCAGCUGCUGUUUGUCAAAUGGCUCAAUAUUCAGUUCCCUCCAAUAUUGUGCUGGCAUUAUUAGAACUUUGUACAGCCAAAACCACCGACCUAACUGAUUACAUUAGUAACGUCCCACUAUACCUUGCUGUGUUGCAGCUGCUCAGAAGUGCCUCGCUAGUGAUAAGAGAGACGGUGUGUCAGCAGGUUAUAUCAGUCCUUCAUCUCAACCCAUCUCAUAUCAACUCCAUUACAUCAGUCCCUGGUUGGGACAGCCUCUUCCUUUGGUUGCUGUGCAGGAUAGAACCCACUAAUGAGGCCCCUCCUCCUAGUAGUAAAGGAAGGACCCCAUCUGACCAGGAUGCUUCAUUAGAUCAGGGUUCUUUGUUAGAAGAUGAUACUCCAUUAGAAGAAACUCCUCCCAUCUCUUCCAACUGGAUGUUAAUGUAUGACGAAGAUGAUCCUACUUUUCGUACCUUUGCUGUUGUCACGGAGACCAUUGGUUACAUCCUUUGGUCAGAGACGAAGGAGAGGAAGCUCUGGCAGACGUGGGGCUGUCUCCUCACUUCUCUUGACAUGUUUGCCAAACAGCAUGAGCUCAUAGCACCUGUACACAUUAUAAAGCAAAGACUCUUCUCUUUACUGAUCAAUGCUGUCUCUUUGGAAAUAAAAAGCAAUAAUUCUACUCAUUCCCAAAUGAAAGCCCUAAUACUCCAGUUAACUCAGUUGUUUGAAACCUUUGCCAUCACUUCCUAUCCUUCUUGCCUACGGACCAGCAGUGUUUAUGAGAUAGAGGAAUCGGUAGACACCAUAAAGGAGUGCAGUCACAACAUUGCUCUUGAGAUUAAUAAACAGAAUUGUUCCUUUCAAUUAUUGUCCCAGUAUCUGGAUAUGAUGGUCACAAUGCAGAUCAUCACUUGUGAGUGCAAGGAGUCGGAUGAACUCAGUAUACUUCAGUCUCUCGUCAGGAUACUCAUUGGCUGCUUGACCUCCUCUGACCCUGAUUAUUAUCUACCAGCUGCUACCAGGUUGUUAGGCAUCAUACAGUGUGGUAACAUUGAUAAGCAAGAUGUCUUCUUUGUGUUAAAGCACGUGAGCUCACUGAUCCAGUUAUGCAGAACAGAUCAAGUUGAUUCUGAUCACAUGCAACAUGUAGCUGCUGUCAUUCGAGAGAUACUAGUUCAUUCAAAAGAUAUCAUUAACUUCAAAGAUCACUUACCAUCACUGCCCAGUACCAGUACUAGUCCUAACUUCAGAGAAGAGUUUAUUAGCUACGCCAGUGGACCAGAAUGGGUCAAGUUUCAUAAGACAGUGCUAACUCCUAAAGCUGCCCAAUACAAUAUUGUUCUCUUCCCUUGGCUGACCACCUGUGCUACUAAAAGAAAGGAAGCCCUCAAUACCUACCUUGCUAACGAUCAGCUCAGAAAGGACUCCAUGUUUAAGAACCUUGAGGACUACGAGGCAAACAUCCUCAACCCGUUUGUAGAGCAGAGGGAAGAGGAGCUGAAGAGACAGAGGAGUCAUGACAGUCAGACCCAGAGUGACCACAUCUCAACGCUCAUCCACUGGAGGACUUUUAGAAAGUUUUACACUGGGGAAAGAGGGGCGUGGUCAAGCAGGAUCCCUGACUUGUACCUGUGGGGGCUCAGUCGGACUGAGAACUUCUCAAGAAUGAGAAUGAAGUUGACUCGACUCUACACAAACAAUGAUCACUCUGACGCAGCAAAACAAAGGGACAUGUUUGAUGGGAGGAUACCAAAACAAAGCGAAGACGACAAGAGCUUGCUAGCUAAAGCCACUCGGACCACAACUAAUGAACUAAGUUAUGACGAGGAGGAGCAGCUGCUGUUACAGGCAGCGGAACAGAUUAACGAAGGAACAGACCAACUUCUUAAUAAAGAGGAAGAAAAGGAGAAGGUUGUUCGAACAGAGAAGUGUAACCUAAUUAUGCUCAUGGAGUCAAUUCCCGGAAAAAUUGAAAUCACAAAUCGUCACAUUUUCUUUUUUGCCGACCAGUUGCAGGAAAAGAAGGAGCUCAUUCAUUGGUAUACUCCAGAGUUUAAAGUCAUGUUAUCGGACCUUAGGGAGAUCCACUCCCGACGAUACAACAUGUCAAGAACAGCUCUUGAACUAUUCCUUGUCGAUCAAACAAACUACUUCAUCAACUUCCCCUCAAGAAAGGUUGUCCAGCGAAUCUAUCGUAGCAUUAUUGACCUCCAUCCUCCUAACCUGAACAGAGUCGGAAUACACAAACCAUCAAAACUGAUCACCACAGCUGGACUCACUGAAAAAUGGAAAAAGAGAGAAAUCACUAAUUUUGAUUACCUAAUGCAGUUAAACACCAUCGCAGGAAGAACCUACAACGACCUUAAUCAAUAUCCCAUUUUCCCUUGGGUUCUUCGUGAUUUCAAAUCAAGUGAAUUGGAUUUGACUAACGUUAGUAUCUACAGGGACUUGUCUCAACCAAUGGGAGCUCAGAACCCUAACCUGAGAGAAGGACUCUCCAUCAAAUAUAAAGAGUUGCAGGACCCAAUAUUGGGUAGUUUCCACUAUGGAUCACACUAUAGCAAUGCAGCUGGAGUAUUGCACUACCUGGUCAGAUUGGAGCCAUUUACUUCACUUCACAUUGACCUACAGAGUGGAAGGUUUGAUGUAGCAGACAGGCAGUUCCUCUCCAUUCCUAGUAUUUGGGAGAAUGUCUUCAAAGGAAGCUCUGAUGUUAAGGAGCUUAUUCCAGAGUUCUUCUUUCUCCCAGACUUCCUGACUAAUGUCAACAAAUUUGAUUUAGGAGUAAGGGUCCACAAUGGUAAGAGGAUUGAUAGUGUGGAGCUACCGGCCUGGGCUGAUGGCCCUGAUGACUUUAUACAGAAACACAGACAAGCAUUGGAGUCGGAAUAUGUUUCGCAACACCUUAAUGAAUGGAUUGAUCUGAUCUUUGGGUACAAGCAAAGUGGACAGGAAGCAGAGAAGGCUCUGAACGUAUUCCUUAAAUACUCUUAUGAAGAGAAUGUCAACUUGGAUGAGAUAACUGAUGAAACCGACCGACGAAGAGUUGAAGCAAUGAUUAAUAACUUUGGACAAACACCGACCAAAUUAUUCAAUGAGCCACACCCCAAAAGGUGGUCAGAAGAGCAGGUAAAGAAGAACCCUGGUAGAGGAGGGUAUCUGGUAGGUGGGAAGAGAUCUCAAGGGAACUUGUUUGAGAAACUCUCCAAACUGAAGGCCUACAGUGUUGACGUAUCAGUUAGUGCAGGUAACAAUGAUCCAGAGGCUGUGGUCUUUGUACGGACUCCCACCAUUCAGACAAGAGCUCUUUUAGUCAGUGGAAACCCAGAGCAACUCGUAACUAUUACAGGUUCAGGAUUGCUCAAUGUUCAUGGCUGGCUUCCAUUCUCCAACAGUCGGAACCGACCCUUCACCUUUAACUUUGAUCCAAACACUCAUUUUGACAAGUCCAGGUGGUUGAGGGUUGGUGCCCCGUUUGCUCAGGACAUUGUUGUUUCGGCUCAUAAUUUUGUUCUUUCACAAAACAACAAACUUUUAGUAACGGGCGGCCAUUGGGAUAACAGCUUUAGAGUAUUCUCUAUUGACAAACUGAAACUGAUGGAAAGAAUAUCUCACCAUAAUGACAUAGUUACUUGCAUGACUCUUGAUAAAAGUGGGACAGGAGAGCACCUGGUGACAGGCUCCAGGGACACCACCUGUGUUGUCUGGAAAUUCAAAAACGAUGAGCUCAUUAAACUGCCGUUAGUGACGUUGUAUGGCCACGACUCUGAAGUGCUUUGUGUCGACAUCAGUACUGAACUCGAUAUGGUCGUCAGUGGAGCUAAAGAUGGUUCCUGUAUUAUUCACACGGUUCGAGGGGGUCAUUAUGUUCAUACUCUCAGACCGAGGGGGCGGCACUCCUGUGAGAUCCAUCAUGUCAUCAUAUCGAACCAGGGAAAGGUACUCGUCUAUUCUCAAGGACCCCUGGGGAAGAGCAGGCCAUUAGCGGUCCCUCCCUGUAUCCAUCUCUAUACAGUCAAUGGUAACUUGCUCUAUGAGAAGGAACUGGCUGAGCCCCUCAAUGCGAUUGUGGUAGUCAGCAAGUACAUAAUCACUGGCAACAAUAAAGGGUUCCUUACUUUUAGAGACCUCACCACUUUGAAGCAGUUAAGCAGUUUGAAUCUCCUAGUGGCUAUCAGGUGUAUCUCAGUGGUACUAGACCAUCAGUCCAAGGUCUGUACUCACCUACUCGUUGGACUUCAAAACGGGAAACUAAUUAUUGUGACAGUAAAAGACUAACUGGAUCAGAAUAAUUAUGUUGUUAUUAUUUAUUAUGAUUGAUUAAUAAUUAAUUUUUAUUAUAUAUUAU